AUGUCUUUCUCCGGGGAUUUCUACUUCGGAAAUUGGAACGCCCCUCCUAGUCUAGCCUUAGGCAACGGCGAUGGAGACGGCGGCUGGAACUUCGAUGGCAAUGCGGGCCCGGACGACUACUUUAACUGGGACGACUGGGUCACUGGCAUUUUGCCUAACGACAACUCGAUUGCGGACAACUCUUUCAUCGACAACCCGGUCAUCGACAACCCGGUUGUAGGCAACUCGAUUCCCGGCAACACCCUCAACGGCAACACCCUCAACGGCAACACCCUCAACCCAGCCAUAGGCACCUCGGCCACAGGCAGCUGGGUUCCUGGCAACUCGGUUCAAGGCUGGAACUCAGCCACGGGUAACUAUGUCAUAGGUAACUCUGUCAUAAACAACUCUAUCGCAGGUAACUCCGUCACUAACAACUCGAUUAUAGGCAAUUCGACCACAGGCAACCAGGUCGUAGGCAAUCCGGUUGUAGCCAGUGCUGUCGUGGGUAAUCCGGUUGUAGCUAGUCCUGUCGUAGGCAAUCCGGUCGUAGGCAACUCGGCCACAAGCAACUCGAUUGCAGGCAACUCUGUCACGGGCAACUGGGUCGUAGGCAACUCUGUCACCGACAAUUUCCACUUGGCUACGGCCAACCAGUUCGUGGCUAAUCCUGUCGUAGGCCCCUCCGUUACGGGUCACCCGGCCACAGCCAAUAAUGCUCAACUUGUGUCUCUUAUGGCCGCUCAACAGCAGGCCUAUGCUCAGCGUGCUUAUAUGGCCUUUCAGCAGCAGCAGAGAGUUAUUGUUACCGCCCAGGCCCAGGCUGCCGCUCAGGCUCAACUUCAAGCUGCCGCUCAGCAGCAGACUCCAUCUGCUCUCAGGGCCGCUCGGCGGAAGCGGAGGGCUAUUGCUGCCGCUAAGGCUCAGGCUGCCGCUCAGCUUGCUGCCGGUCAGGUUCCUGCCGCCGCGGCGUCGACCUCCUCCGCCCCAAGCCCCUCGCGCCCCCUCCUCCCCCACGAGAUCUUCCCCUUCAUGAAGCUCCCCCAAGAGCUCCAGCUGAUGAUCUACCGCUACGUGUGGCACACCACCCCCGACACCCCGCCCUCCGGCCAGUUUUCCUACCAGCAACACCUCCAAUUCUACUCCUCCCCGCGCCACCUGCGCGCCCAGCUCCGCGGCCUCUUCAAGCUCGGCGCCAUUUCCCAGGAAAUCCGCAGUGUCGCUUACGCCGAGUACUUCGGCCGCACCCAGCUCUACCUGCGGUACGACGAUUUUUUCCGCUGGAACUAUUCCGACAGCUGGCACGGCAGCGACCAGCUGACGGCGUCGAUGAACCUGCUCUGGCAGGACGCGACCUUGUCGCCGCUGUUGACGGAGUACGUGCAGCACGUGGCUUGGCACAUCGGUCCGGUCCACAAUAGCAAGUUGUGCGCGACCGAGCGGGCGGCGCUGAAGUGGCUUCAGGAUUGCAAGAAUGUCAAGACGCUGGAGAUCGUGGUGGCGAUGCGGAGCACGCAUGUCAGGCCGAAGGAUGUCAGGGACUUGCUCAAUGCUAGGGCGAGGUUUGCUAACGGGGUGGUGCCGUAUUCGACGUUCAAGUUCUUUCGCUAUUUCAAGUGGUCGAUUAAUCGGCUGGAUGUGUUGCGGAAGAAGGGAAGUUUGGAGAAGGUGGUGUUCAGUGUUGAGCCGUUUGUGAAUGAGAGUACAAGGGUUGCGGAACGGGGCACGAUUGACUUGGAGGCGAUGCUGGAGAGGUCGGAGUGGUUCCGGAAGUUCAAGAGGGAGGCGUUGGAGCACCUCCUUGGUCCCGUUCCUAAGAAGCGGAAGCUUGGUGCUAAGUCUGAGAAGAAGACAGAGGAGCGCUCGUUCUACAAGAUCGAACAGCAUCUCGGCCACGUCAACCCCAAGUGGCAUCGGUCUUACAAGAUCUAACACCCGACCGCGUCGACCGCGUCCUCAUCGCUAAGCCACAGUGACAACGGGCUGUGGGACUUUUGCAUCUUGCAUCGAAAGCCCUGAGCCUCUUAUCACAAUCAGGAUGCUGAAAGCCGCCAGCCGAUUACCCGGCUAGUGACGAUCUACUCCUCGGGCGUCUGCCCA